AUGGACUGGGACGAUGACGCGCCUCCCGACCUUGUUGAAACUGCUCAUGCUUUGAUAGAGGAAGAGGUCACUGUCAAAGUUCCCAUAACAAUAGUCACCGGAUAUUUGGGAGCGGGCAAGACAACACUCCUGAACUAUAUCUUGACAGCUCAACAUGGCAAGAAAAUUGCCGUCAUAAUGAAUGAAUUCGGAGACUCGUUGGACAUUGAGAAGUCACUCACUGUCAACAAAGAUGGCGAGUCUGUAGAGGAGUGGCUAGAGGUUGGAAAUGGCUGCAUCUGCUGCUCGGUCAAGGACACCGGGGUCAAUGCGAUUGAGAGCUUGAUGGCGAAGCAAGGAAAGUUCGACUACAUCCUGCUCGAGACGACUGGUCUAGCAGAUCCCGGGAACUUGGCGCCCCUGUUCUGGGUCGACGAAGGACUCGCCAGCACAAUCUACCUCGACGGCAUCGUCACCCUGGUCGAUGCCAAGAACAUUCUCAAGAGCCUCGAUGACCCUGCGGGCAAGGUCGACGGCCACGACGAGAGCGACCAUCACGGCCCUGUCAUGACGACGGCUCAUGUCCAAAUCUCCCAUGCCGACGUCAUCGUGAUCAACAAGACGGACCUUGUGAGUGAGCAGGAGCUUCAAGCUGUCCAGGACAGGAUCAGGUCCAUAAAUGGGCUCGCAAAGAUCCAUAUCACCAAGGAGAGCGCUGUCCCUCGGCUGGAGGGAUUCCUGCUCGAUCUCCACGCUUACGAAAACGUCGUGGAGCUUGACAACUCCAAGGGACAUAGUCAUCUCGAUUCAACCAUAUCAACAAUAUCCAUACCACUCCCGGUGCUCGAUACACAGCAGGUGGGCAGGGUAGAUGCGUGGCUGCGGUCAGUUCUCUGGGAAAGCGUACUGCCGAAUGACAGCGAUGAGCACAAGGAGCCUUUCGAGAUACACCGUCUCAAGGGACGCCUGGUGAUACAAAACGGUGGGACAAAGAUAAUACAAGGUGUCAGAGAGCUAUUUGAGAUCUUCGAUGGUCCGUCUGGGGACCAUGAAGGCGCGAGUGAGUCAGGCAAGGUAGUCCUCAUCGGCCGCCAUGUAACAGACUUCAAUUUCCAGACGAGUCUCCUGGCAGCUAUUGCCCAACCUGAAUGA